GGGCAAAGCGGCGAGCAGCAGAGAGGCAUCGCCCUAGAUAACGGUAGAAUCGUGGGCUGGUGUCGUGCUGGUUUUUCGGGAAGAGUGCUGCGAAAUCGAGGGAUAACGUACACGCGAACCGUAUUCGCGGUGUAGAAGAUCGUUGUCCGGACAGAGGUUGUACCGAGUGGUGUGUGAACAGCCGCCUUGAGGCCAGUGAGUAUCGGGCUGUUCGAGGCGACCGAAAGGAGGACCGUGCCCCACAGAGCUUUGGUGCACCCGCGCCGCGCGAGACUCUUGACCAGCGCGGAAUUUCUCGGGCCAGUGACACGUUCAUUUCUUUCUUUCGCUCUGUUUCGUGCCAUCGUGCACCGGCACCAAGUCUGCUGGAUACUCCCCUUGGCUUUCGAUGUGUUCGCUACGCUGACGGGACGACGAACCGAGCACAGGAGUAGGAAGCGAGUAAUCGCCGGAGAAUCUCUGUAGAUUGGGAUAUAGUGGGCCGUGGACAAGGACGGAGAAAGACAGAAAGAGAGAGAGAGAAAGAGAAAGACAGAGAGAGAGACAGAUAGUGAACGAAGGAGUACGCGAGAAAGAAAGGGAGAAACGGAAAGAGUGCGACAGAGAGCCGUUAGAUUCGAGGGUACGGAUAGUCGAGUACGCUGAACGGAUUCAACGAAUAUUUUGAAGGCGCCAAGGAGGAAGAUAUUAACUGGAGAUCAUCGGUGAAAAAAAGCACGUGCUCCUGGCGUCCUUGACUUUUCAAGUUUUCUGUACGAGCGUACGCACUUAAUUUUUGAGAAACAGUGUCGUUCGUGUGAUCAAAUUUACGAAAGUGGCGUCGCGAUAAUUAACAAAAAGAGGGUGCAAGGUUGAACGGGGGUGGCACUCGACUCGAACACGCCUGUAGUGGUUUACCGAUAACGUUUUCCUGAAUUUCCUGAGGGUCCGUUCGACUGAACCAACGAGGAGCAAAAACGUGGCAGAUUCGGUGACCCCUCAGCUGUGACCAGGCGCACAGAGAAUUAGGGCAGGGAAAUGCGUGAAUAUAAAAUAGUGGUGUUGGGUAGUGGAGGCGUAGGCAAGUCCGCCCUCACUGUCCAGUUCGUUCAAGGAAUCUUCGUGGAGAAGUACGAUCCUACGAUCGAGGACAGCUACCGCAAACAGGUCGAGGUCGACGCACAACAAUGUAUGUUAGAAAUCCUAGACACAGCCGGAACGGAGCAAUUCACAGCCAUGAGGGACCUUUACAUGAAGAAUGGCCAGGGAUUCGUGUUAGUGUACUCGAUAACGGCGCAGUCCACGUUCAACGACCUGCAGGACCUCAGGGAGCAGAUCCUGCGGGUAAAGGACACCGAUGACGUGCCGAUGGUGCUGGUGGGCAACAAGUGCGACUUGGAAGACGAGAGGGUAGUGGGCAAAGAGCAGGGCGUCAACCUUGCCCGGUCAUUUAGCUGCGCGUUUAUGGAGACCUCCGCCAAAGCCAAAAUUAAUGUUUACGAUGUCUUCUACGAUCUGGUGCGGCAAAUCAACAAAAAGUCGCCAGAGAAGAAGAUAAAGCAGAAAAAGAAAUCGCUGUGCCUACUUCUGUAAGGUACAGAUCUAGCAGAAGCCCAUACUCUCCUGCGUGAACAAAAAAUCCGGAUAUACCAGUAGAGAACAGGGGUUCAGGCGACUACGGAGCAAAUACUGGUGACAAGGAGGGGGCUGACGGAAUCACAAGUAAACAGAGACAACACAGUGGGGCUCAGACGGGGGAGUACGUAUGGUCGUAGAACAUCAGAAGGAAGGUGAUAAUGGAACACGGACGAAUGAAGAAGGGGGAGAGAGAGAGGGUACGGGAAGAAGACGAGGGGAGAGACGAAAAGGGAGAGGGGGAGGGGGAGAGAAAUAGCGAGGAAAAACUAAUAAUGUUGUAUAUACGUUGGUCCCGGGGUGGCUCGUGUGCACGCGCAAACACAGGCGCACAAAGAGUUUUAGUGUUAACGAGACCCCGUGGCGUCGGUUAUCAUUGUAGGAGUUUUGCAUUAAAGAAGAAGACGAGGAGGCGGAAGAAAAAAAAA